AUGGCCACCCCAACUUACACUCUUGCUGAGGGCGUCCCUUAUGCCGACCCUGCCACAGCGCAGCACUUCGGUGGCAACUCAGUCAAGGGCUUAAUGCUGUUGCAAGAUACACAGCUAAUCGAGACUUUGGCACACUUCAGCCGUGAACGCAUUCCAGAGCGUAUUGUUCACGCCAGGGCUGCUGGCGCGUUUGGCGAGUUUGAGGUUACACACGAUGUCUCGCAAUUCACUUCGGCCAAGUUCUUGAAUGGUAUUGGGAAAAAGUCCAAGGUCCUUCUCCGAGUUUCUACUGUGGGACCUGAAAGGGGCAGUGCCGAUACCGUUCGCGAUGUGCGUGGCUGGGGCAUGAAGAUUUUCACAGAGGAGGGAAACCAAGAUUGGGUUUUUAACAGUAUUGACGGCACUUUCUACUACGUCAAGAUUCACAUCAAGUCCGACCAGGGAGUUCAGAACUUGACCAACGACGAAGCCGUCAAGAUUGCAGGAGAAAACCCUGACUGCCAUACUGCUGACCUUUACGACUCAAUUGCGAAAGGUGACUUCCCUUCCUGGACUGUACACUUCCAGGUUAUGGAGCCGAAGGACGCAGAGCAGUAUCGCUGGAACAUUUUCGACAUGACAAAAGUCUGGCCGCAUGCCGACUAUCCCCUUAUCCCAGUGGGCAAACUCACGCUGAACAAGAACCCUUCCAACUAUUUCGCAGACAUUGAGCAGGCAGCCUUCUCACCAUCUAACAUGGUCGCUGGAUUUGCCCCCUCUGCAGACCCUGUGUUGCAAGCCCGCAUGUUUGCCUACAACGACGCAGCCCGCUACCGCCUGGGCGUCAACUACCAGCAGCUCCCCUGCAACAAGCCUGUUUCUCCCGUGUACUGCCCUUAUCAGCGCGACGGUUUCAUGACCUUUGGUGACAACUACGGUGGAGACCCAAACUACGUGCGAUCAGACCUGAAGGCGAUCAACUUUGUUGGAAAGCAAGGUGCCAACGGAUACGCUCUCGGUGGACACGAAAACUGGGUUGGACGGGUGUGCGGCUUCACGUCACAGGUUUCUGACACUGACUUCGUCCAAGCUCGGGCUUUUUGGGAGGUCCUUGGGAAACAGCCUGGCCAGCAGGAAGCUCUUGUUGCCAAUAUUGCGGGACAUCUCCAAAGCGCCCAGCCGGCGGUUCAGGAGAAGACUUUUGAUAUGUUUGCCAAGGUAUCCCCUGAUUUGGGCGAAAAGAUCAAAAAGGCUAUCCCCGUCACCAUGUCUCGCCUCAGAGUUGGAGCUCUUGUCUACGAAUAUCAGGCCAUCGAUGUCAUCGGAAUACUCGAUGUCCUGAACUCUGGCUCCAAGGACCUAGCCAAAGGGCUUGCAUUCUUUGGCCCUGUCGGCGAAAAGGUCACAUCGGAAGCUCCCGAAAUCGAGUUUCAUCACAUCGGUGCUACUCUAGAUACUGUGAAGGUCAUUGGUGGCUUGCUCAUCACACCCACUGUAACCGUCGACGACGCCCCGGAAAUCGACAUACUUAUCGUCGGCGGUCCCAAUCUGGCCGAUUUCAACCUCCAUUCUAAGCUCGCCGACUACAUCCGCCGACAUGUAGCUGCUGACAAGCUCGUUUUUGCCAACUGCACUGGAUCUGGUGUAGUUGCUCUGACCGGAGCCCUCGAUGGGCGAAAAGCCACGAUCAACAACAUGGAGUACGAGUGGGCUAGGAAGCAAUACCCGAAUGUUAACUGGACACGGGAGGCGAAGUGGAUUGUCGACGGAAACAUCUGGACUGCUGCAGGAGCCGUCACUGGUAUGGACAUGGUUUCACACUGGAUGAAGGAAAACUACGGUGAAGACGUCUUUAUGCUCUCUGCCAGGGGACUCGACUUUGAGCCUCGGGAUGUCAACGGAGUGCAAAAUGUCAUUUCCAAGAGACAUGAUUCUUCUGGCAAGCAGAUCUCGACACAUGAGUUCUUCUACUAUGACUCAUACUAG